AACGUCAAAUUCAAUAAUAUUGCUGUCAUCAGCUGAGCCGUUCAAGAAAUUCGCAAACCUAAUCAAAUUAUAUACAAAUUUUACAAUUUUUGUUACAAAGUUCAAAUGGUACAGUAUUAAACUGUUCAAAUUUCAAAAUGACGCGCCGACUACGAUUAUCAUAUACGAGGGUAAAUAACAAAUUAGUCAAGUACCUAGCAUGAUCAGACCUAUUAGAAGAAAAUGAACCAAGAAAAGAACCGUCUGUACACGUUCAUCCAAUGGCCGAGUAACGCAGCAGUAAAUCCCCAAACGAUAGCGAGGGCUGGCUUCUUUUCGACCAAGCAAGGCCUGGAAGUAGAAUGUUUUGCCUGUCACGUAAAAAUAUCCGAGUGGAAUUACGGGGAGCAAGUGAUGCAAAAACACCGAACUUUGAACCCUUCUUGUCCAUUCGUACUCAACCCUUCUACCUCAGGGAACGUUCCUAUUCCUAUACCUACGCAUGUACCUUCAACAUCUAUCAACCCGAUGAGAGAAUCUCGAGCUUUAAGACUGGCUUCGUUUGACAACUGGCCUGCUUCUAAUAUCGUUACUCCAGAAAGUUUGGCUUUGGCCGGAUUUUAUUAUCUUAAACAAGGUGACAAUACCCAGUGUGCUUUUUGCAUGGGCGUCGUUAGAGCUUGGGAGCCCGGUGACGAUCCGGAUAGGGAACAUCAAAGACAUUUCCCCGAAUGCCCUUACGUUGUUGCUAUAAUUAACCCCAGGAUUCAAGAGAGGAAUUCCACCAACUCGAACUCCAACUCUCAAAUUGAAAAGGAUCAUUUUCCGAACGUUAACGUAGUCGGAAACGAACACAAUUUAGACGAAUUAGGUGUACAGGCUCAUAAAGGACCGAAGAAAGCCUCUUUUGCCACCGUCGAAGCUAGGUUGAGAUCGUUCACCGGCUGGUCGGAGGACUUGAUCCAAACGCCCGAACAGCUAGCCAAUGCAGGUUUCUACUACGAAGGUACGGGGGAUCAGGUUAGGUGCUUCCAUUGCGACGGGGGCUUGAGGCACUGGGAUCCCCAGGAUGAUCCCUGGACUGAGCACGCCGUUUGGUUUCCUGAUUGUUCGUUUCUCAAAUUGGUGAAGGGGCAGGAUUUCAUAACGGCUUGUUCUUUGAGAAGAUCGAUGUUGACAGAUAGUGAGAGGCCGACUAUCCAAAAAUCCCAAACCACGGCCCGCAGACGCAGGGAGGUCACCGAAAGAGAGUUACAGAGUUAUUUGUCUAGUCCGCAGGCGUUGGCCGCUUUGAGCAUCGGCCUCAACGUCGAAAGGGUAAAACGUGCAAUUAGAGAAAAAUUAGAGCAAACCGGCCGGGUCUUUUCGAAGCCGGACGCUCUGGUCGAGGCCGCCCUAAGUCUCCAACACGAAGAAGAAGAUCCUUCCGAUACGAACCAGCCUUCGGAAGGUCCUUAUUCGUACAUAAACGCCGUCUGUAGGUCUUCCAAUGAAGUCAAUAGUGAUCGGGAAUUGCCGGAGUCUUCUCAAACGUCUCCGGUCGAAGACCUUCCUUCGCCUACCAAAUACGCCAAGUGCGAACCUCCGGAGGAGUGCCGGGAAGUGUCCUUGGAAGAGGAGAACAGGAAAUUGAAGGAGGCUCGUUUGUGCAAAAUCUGCAUGGAUGUCGAAGUCGGUAUUGUUUUCCUUCCGUGCGGACAUUUGGCGACUUGUGUUAAUUGCGCGCCCAAUUUGGAGGAUUGCCCGGUUUGUAGAUCGACCAUUAAGGCCACCGUAAGAACAUUUUUGUCAUAAUUUAUUGAUGUACUAUUAAAAUAUUUGGUUAAAG